AUGGGGGAUAGGGAUUCAAGCGGAGCACACAUGUCAAUAGCAGCUUCUUCUAUGUUUCCUGGCUUUAGGUUCUGUCCCACUGACCAUGAGUUGAUCUCUUAUUACCUCAGAAAAAAAUUGGAUGGUGAUGAGGACAGUGUUCAGAUCAUUUCCGAGCUUGAACUUUGCACCUUUGAGCCUUGGGAUUUGCCUGAAAAAUCGUUCAUUAAAUCAAACGAUGAGUGGUUUUUUUUCUCGCGACGAGGGAGAAAGUAUCCCAAUGGUUCACAAAAUAAAAGGGCAACUAAACAUGGGUAUUGGAAGGUCACAGGCAAUGAACGACAGAUAGAGUCCAGUAAAAAUGUGAUUGGUACCAGACGCACCUUGGUAUUCCAUGUCGGUCGAGCUCCUAAAGGCCAGAGAACUGAAUGGAUUAUUCAUGAGUACCGCAUCAAUGACAAAUUUCAGGAUUCUUUGGUGGUUUGUCGGCUCAAGAGAAACACAAAAUUCCAUGCGAGUGAUAGUUCUAACAAAGCUUCACGCAAGAGUAGU